GGAAUUCUUUGGCCCACUGGACGCGACGACUCCCGAGUGGCCAUGCCACUGGACUCUGAGCUGUCGAAGCGCUUGGAGCAGCGGCGCGGCAAGGCGGACGAAACCGACGGCCCGGAAGGGGCCAACGUGGAGCCCGUCCGGAGCCGCGCGUUUGAGGCGCGCAUCGACGGGGAGCUGCGAUCCAAGCUGCAGACGCGCAGCGGAGGUCAAGCCGUGAAGGAGCCAGAGCGAACCGGAGACUACAAAGCCCCCAUCGACCAGGAGUUGGCGCAGAAGCUGCAAAAGCGGCAAUCGCAGCUUGAGACUGCCAAGGCGAACGACAAGCUCGAGGACCCCGGACCCAAGCCCGGCUCCAACUUCGAGUCCCACAUCGACAAGCAGCUCGCCGAGAAGCUGCGGAAGCGGAACCUGGUCCUUGAGGCUAAAGCCGCCGAGGGCGACGUGGGAGAUUCCGCCGUCGCGGACGCGGAAGCGGAAGCUGCGGAUGCGGGCGCCCGGGAGUGGGGAGGCGACCUGGACUGGGAGCUGAAGGAAAAGCUGCGACAGCGCAGACAGGUGAUCAACUCGGGGGAUUGCUUCGAGAAGGGCCAAGACGACAAGAAGCCGUCGAUCGCUUCGCGACCGAGCCCCGAGGAAGCGGAAGCGACCGAGGGGAGAGCCGAGGUGCCGAUCCAGGCAGCACCCAAGGCGAAGACCAAGCGGCGGAGAUUUUGGUGGCUCUUCUGCUGCUCUCUGGCAAUCACCUACUACGGCAUCUACCAGAACUUCCUGGCAGAAUGAGUCGUUGGGGAAGCGGAAUGUACCCGGCUGAGCCAACGUGGCUGGACCUCCAAAGGUUCAGGGCCGCUGGGCGGCAGGGUCGGCAUCAAGAAUUCAGGCCCGGGGAUUUUGUCAAUUAGAUGCAUGGGGUAGCGGCUUGGUGUGAUUUCUGGCCGCAAAGAGAUGCUGUUGCAUUGGGCUUGUGCAGGGAUUGUGAUUUCAGAAGACCCAGACUUAAACUGAGGUGUGGCCCUGUUGGGAAAAGCAACCACACUUGGGUAAUUUGAUCAGAACCGUACCAAAGAAAGGGCUGCGUUUCCUUGAAGGACGCGGUCCAUUUACGGAGUUCCUUGGAGCGGUAGGCCGGACGAACGCAGAGUCAAUAUUUAUUUGCGUCGGGUUUUGCUCCAAUGGAACGCUGGGAAGC